AUGUCGCACGGAGACCGCCGUGUAAAGUUUGCGCUUUUUGGCCUCGGCCGCCUGGGAGUUCUUCGAGCCCGCAUCCUCGCUUUCCAGCAGCCUCGCAUCGAACUCGUCGCCGUCUGCGACACAAAGCCUGGCACCGAUAAGUGGGCCGCAGAGAAUCUGCCCCCGUCUGUAAAGUACUACUCAGACCCUCAAGAAUGCCUGAAGAACAGCGGCGCUGAGGCCGUCCUCAUCUGCACCGCGACUGCUACACACGCGCCUUUGAUCCUGCAGGCCCUUGAUCUAGACUUGCAUGUCAUGUGCGAAAAGCCUGUCUCUGUGGACAUCGCUACUACCAAGGCAGUUGUCGAGAAGUCUGCUUCCAGACCUGACCUCAAGUUCCUCGUUCCCUUCACUCGCCGGUAUGACAAGUCCUACCGGCAGGCCAAGGCCCUGAUCGAUAAUGGAGAUUUGGGUGAAAUUCAUGCUGUGGAGACGACUGGUCUCGAUCAAGCAGAUCCUAAUGCCUUUUUUGUGUCCUUUUCUGAGCAAUCUGGCGGCAUCUUCCUUGAUUUUGGCAUCCACACCGUCGACGCCGGACGAUACCUAUUGGAUGUCAAAUCAAAUCUCCCCAACCCCAAGAAGCAAGUCAACAGAGUCAUUGCCUUUGGCCAGUUGGCUGUUUACGGGGAAUUAGCCAAGUAUGGUGAUGCCGACAAUGCAUGGGGCCUGGUAGAAUUUGCCAAUGGCAAAAUUUUUAAGACUUACCUGGGUCGCACGCUCACUAGCGGUUUCGAGGACACUACUCGGUUGUGUGGCACCAAGGGACAUUCGAUCAUCAGCGCGAACUCGAAUGUUGAGAUUCGCGAUCAUCUGGGAAUUCGCUCACAAUCCGUGCCUGAUGCGUUCACUCUCUUUGAUGCGACGUUUCUCACUGAUCUUGCCGAGUUUUCUGAUGCAGUGCUUGAUGACAAGCCCUUGACUUGUCAACCAGAGGAUGCCUUUGAGGCGGGCAAGAUCUGCGCUGCUCUGCAGUACUCAUUCCGCAAGGGUUUGCCCGUAUACUUCGACGACAAUGGUCUGCCUAUAAUGGAGUAA